CACAAUCAAGUGCAAAGAAUUUUUGAUUUGAAAACAAAUGGUUGAAUUACUUGAUCGGAAGAAAUCGGCGAAUUGGCCGGAGCUGAUCGGCCGUUGUGUAGUCUCUUUCAUACUUGUUUUACUAACUCAAUGCAGUCAAUUUCUCGUUCCUCAGUUCUUCUUCGAUUUGCCCGUGUUCAUUCAACUUCUACUUUCAGCUCUAUUACUUCUAGCUGUUGUAGGGGUAGUAGGAUGGUGCAGGCGGCUUCUUCGAGUUCGAGCGUCAGCUCCGGCGUUCGUUUUCUGCAGUGUACUUUUUGUUUGGGUGGUUUACAUAGCUAUUGUUCGACAAGCUGCUACACAUUUGAUGGAUCUUCUGUUUAAUGGGCAGAUAAUCUUGCUCAUUUUUGGCCUUUGUAGGAUGUUAUCCAGUGAUCCUGGUUUGGUAUCAUAUAGUCCAUCCCCUUCGGAUUUAAUUGCCCAAAGUUCAAGUUCAGAAAUUGACACUUACCAUCAGGAUACUGAAUUGGGUGAUAGGGUGAGAUGCUGUCAGAUCUGCAAAGCAUAUGUUAAAGGCUUUGACCACCAUUGUCCUGCAUUUGGAAACUGUAUUGGGCAUAAAAAUUAUCUCCUCUUCAUGGUUCUACUAAUUGGAUUUCUCUGGACUGAAGCAACUUACUUGGUGUGUUUAUCUCAAUAUGCAGCGCAGUUUGUGGUUCCUGAUGGCGAUGGAACUAGGCUAGAGAUUAGUCUCUCAAGGAAAGUGGCCAGCAGCACCAUGCUAUUCUCCAUUCUACAAUUAGUAUGGCAGGUGCUGUUCUUACUGUGGCACAUGUAUUGUAUCUGCUUCAAUAUCAGAACAGAUGAAUGGAUUCACUGGAAGAGGUACCCGGAAUUUCAAAUUUUUAUCCAGUCUUCGCAUGGUGAAAAGUCCAGUGAAGUGAGGUUCAAAAACCCUUAUGACAAAGGAGUUUUACAGAAUUUGAAGGAGUUUAUGGCGUCAAAACGUUGAGACUAGUGUUUGAGUAUUGAUCUUGGCAUUCUUCGGCAAUGAGUUUUUACUGGUUUCAAUAAUUAUCCAUGCUCUUAACUUGUAUAUUUUUUAACACAACAAAUGUGGAGUGGAUGAGUGAGCCUUUAACCUCUAAAAAUAUUAUAGGUGCCUUUAAUGACUAUGCUCUAACGGACUCGAAUCUUGUAUAUUCUUAAAAUAUAUGUAUAGGAAAGGAAAUAUUGAUCAUA